AUGAUCCGUCUAGCAACUUCCGCACUGGCGCUUUCCCUGCUUGCAGCACCGGCAUUGGCCGAGCCUGUCGCAUAUGAAUUCGACAAGUCUCACGCCAACCUGUCCUUCACCUACAAUCAUCUCGGCUAUUCGACCACGGACGGCCGUUUUGGCGACUGGGAUGGCAAAUUGCUGAUCGAUCAGGACACACCCGCCAAUUCCACCGUUGAAUUCACAGUCAAUAUCGACAGCCUCAACACGUUCUGGGCGGAUCGUGACACUCACCUGAAGAGCCCGGACUUCUUCGACGCCGCAAAGUAUCCGCAGGCAGCCUUCAAGAGCACCAAAGUUGAGCAGACCGGCGAAAACCAACUUGAAGUGACCGGGGACCUCACGCUGAAAGGCGUAACCAAGCCAGUUACCCUUACAGUCGACGUUACCGCUAUAGGCGAGCAUCCCAUGGCCAAAAAGGCGGCUGCCGGAUUUGCAGUGUCGACAGUCCUCAAGCGCUCCGAUUUCGGCAUGGACAUGUUUGUGCCCUAUGUGGGAGAUGAGGUGACCGUUACGUUCCACGCCGAAACGCUGAAGGCGGACGCGACCAACUGA